AUGGCACCAUUCUUCUGCUCCUCCUUAAAAAGGCAGUUGCCUUGCUUCUGGAACAGAGCUGGGAGCAACUCCAGAGCCUCCUUCAAGAUGCUGGUGAUCCUGCUCACAGUGGCCUUGCUGGCCCUGAGCUCUGCUCAGAGACAAGGAGAAGGUUUUCAGAGCCUAAACCAGAUCCUCAGUCAGAUACCUCCUCCUCAAGGAUUGCCCCAAAGAUCAGGACCACUAAAAGGAGGAAACCAACAGCAAGGUGGCCCUGCUCAGCCUGGAAACCAGCAAGGCCCACUGACACAGGGAGGCCCACAGCAGAGCCAAGGUCCUCAGCCUGGAAACCAGCAAGCCCCACCCUCACAGGGAGGCCCACAGCAGAGCCAAGGUCCUCAGCCUGGAAACCAGCAAGCCCCACCCUCACAGGGAGGCCCACAGCAGAGCCAAGGUCCUCAGCCUGGAAACCAGCAAGCCCCACCCUCACAGGGAGGCCCACAACAGAGCCAAAGUCCUCAGCCUGGAAACCAGCAAAGCCCACUACCACAGGGAGGCCCACAGCAGAGCCAAGGUCCUCAGCCUGGAAACCAGCAAGUCCCACCCACACAGGGAGGCCCACAGCAGAGCCAAGGUCCUCAGCCUGGAAACCAGCAAGGCCCACUUCCACAGGGUGGCCCUCAACAGAGCCAAGGUCCUCAGCCUGGAAACCAGCAAGGCCCCUCCCCACAGGGAGGCCUACAGCAGAGCCAAGGCCCUCAGCCUGGGAACCAGCAAGGGCCACCACAAUCUUUCUAA